UCCAGUCACAAAAAAGCUAUCACACUUUAUAUCACUUUUUUUUUUAACAUUGUGAAGGGCUCACGUAUAUUAUUCGCAUACAGUAUACUGAAUCACUGUCUCUGAACCUAGCUGUGCAUAUCUACUGAGAGAGUGGACCCGACAAUCUCAGUACCUGCAGAGAGGGGCUGCCUGUCAUGGUGCAGGGAAGACAGGACCCAAAAACAGAGGGAAAGUUCAACUGGAAUUUAUUUACAACUUAAACAGUUCGUUUUCAAAACUCAAAGCAAGUAAAAUCCAGACGAAUCUCCUGAGACGUGGGCACAUAUCCGAGGAAUCCUUCUCCACAGUACUGGUCUCCAACUGGUGAGAGCAAAUGCAAGCAGACAAGUAACCGCACCUCAAUAGACAGGCAACCAGCGGAUACACGAGCUCACACAAACUACACAAAAGAGAAGUGUUAAACCACAGCAAACAGUAACAGUCAUAGUACAUCACAAUAUUCAGACACCAGACAUGACACACGUGAGGGUUUAAAUAAGAGAAUCAAACACGGGGCAGGUGACGCACACAACUAAAGGUUGUAAUGAUCAGUGUUCCCAUGGAAACAAUCAGGGUUCCCAUGGAAACGCUGAUUCAGCAUGCCAGCGGCAAAACACGCACAGCGAUUACCGGGUCUGUGAGUACUGGCAGUGACCAGUGGAACAGCCUCCAUUGACGUGGGCACUGGCAGUGGCAGGGAAACAGCCUUCGUGGCUGUGAACACAGGUAGGGACAGAAACGACCUCCGUGGUCGUGGUCACUGGCAGUGGCAGGGGAACUGCCUUCAUGGUUGUGAACAUAGGCAGGGACAGGGAAACGACCUCCAUGGUCAUGGGCAGUGGCAGGAGAACAGCCUUCGUGGCUGUGAACACAGGUGUAACAGGUAUAUAAUUAAAUAGUAUGGUUUAAUGAUUCCACUUGUCAUGACCAUAUUUGGACUUCCUCUUAUUCUGUGAACUCUAUGUAGACUUGGGUAGUCUGCGCACUCUGCUUCUUCCCAGUUUGCAUGAGCUCUCACAGAGGUCGCAUGUGAAGUGUACAUAUUGUCAAUUAGUACAAAAAGUACUAAUUGAUUACUCUCUGGAGAGUGAUGCAAGUGCUGCAGAGGCGCUCAAAAAGGUUGUUCAUGUGUUUGACCAGACAUUAAAUGAAGACACAAGACAACUAUAUUUCUAUAUUUUCUCAACUAUUUGAGUUCGAAGUUUAUUUCAUGUGACAACAACACAACGCAGAUUAAACACUGCUACACAGGCAGGGACAGGGAAACAACAUUGUGGUUGUGGGCACUGGCAGUGGCAGGGGACCAGCCUUCGUGGCUGUGAACACAGGCAGGGACAGGGGAACACCUCCGUGGUUGUGGGCACUGGCAGGGACAGGAGAACAGUCUCAGUGGCUGUGAGCGCUGGCAGUGACAAGGGAAUGGCCUCCAUUUCCGGGUGUGCUGGCAGUGACUGGGGAAUGGCCUUCUUGGACGGGAAUGCUGGCAGCGACUGGAGAACGGCCUCCUUGGCCGGGAAGGCUGACAGUGACAAGGGAACGGCCUCCUUGGCCAGGGAGGCUGACAACAAAAGGGGAAUGGCCUCCUUGGCCAGGAACGCUGGCAUUGACAAGGGAACGGCCUCCUUGGCCGGGAACACUGGCAGCAACAGGGGAGCAGGAACCCUUCUUCUCCUCCUCUUCCAGGCAGCCAGGAGUACUGCUGUAGGAGCAGCUGUCAUGACCGAGGACGCUGGCAAUGGGACGGCUGAGGCUUCAGGCACUGGCUCUUGGACAGAUGAGGCUUCAAGCGCUGGCUCUGGGAUGGACAAGGUUUCAAGCACUGACAGUGGGAUGGAAGAGGCUUCAAGCACUGGUUCUGGGACAGACGAGGCAUCAAAAACUGGCUCGUUAGCCGUGGCUGGCAUGGGUGCUGGCUUGUUGGCCGUGGCAGGUGUGUGCACUUGCUCGUUGGCCGUGGCAGACUUGGGCACUGGCUCGUUGGCCAUGGCAGGCGUGGGCGCUGGCUCAUUGGCCAUGGCAUGUGUAGGCGCUGGCUCGUUGGCCGUGGCAGGUGUGGACGAUGGCUCGUCGGCCGUGGCAGGUGUGGGUGCUGGCUGCAGCAGGGAAACGGCCCUCAUGGUCGUGGACAAAGGCAGUGGUGGGGAAACGGCCUCAGUGAAUGUGGGCGCUGACUGUAGCAGGGGAACGGACCUCAUGGCCGUGAACAUUGGCAGUGGCAAGUAAAUGGCCUCAGUGACUGUGGGCACUGACAGCAGUGGGGGAACGGCCCUUGUGCCCGUGGACAAUGGCAGUGGCAGGGAAAUUGCCUCCAUGGCAGCAGAAACUGACAGCGGCAGAGAAACGGGAGUCUUGUUCCUCCUCCUCCUCCCCCGGGCGGUGAUUGUUUCACUACACUGCAGCGCGACUGGGUCGAACAAACACAGGGCAGGUAUUGUUCAUAGCUGAAGUUUGUAAUGAUCAGGGUUCCCAUGGAAACAAUCAUGGUUCCCAUGGAAAUGCUGAUUCAGCAUGUCAGC